AUGGCUCCCACGCGUAUCUUGCGUUCCUUUGGAGGAGCCACCAUAGAGGAAGUGGAGGGGGAUGUGUGUGAAUUGGAAUCCAAGCUCGACAAAUUGGUGAAGUUGUGUAUUGGGAUGAUUGAUGCUGGAAAAGCCUACAACGCAGCCAACAAGCAGUUUGUUAAUGGAAUCCGGGAGCUAGCCCAGCAGUCCACCAAAGAUGAGGUCAUCGAGUCCAGUCUCACAAAGUUUGCUGAGAGUCUGCAGGAGAUGAUCAACUAUCACACGAUAUUAUUUGAUCAGGCCCAGAGAUCUAUCAAGACCCAGCUUCAAACAUUUGUCAAAGAUGACAUCCGUAAGUUCAAAGAAGCGAAGAAGCAAUUUGACAAAGUGAGUGAAGAAAAGGAGGCGGCACUGAUCAAGAACGCCCAGGCUCCCCGCAACAAGCAACAUGAGGUGGAGGAGGCCACAAACAUCCUAACAGCCACGCGCAAGUGCUUCCGACACAUCGUCCUCGACUACGUCUUACAGGUACAACAACUCACUUAGGGAUGUAAAUUGUAA